GGGCAUUAAGUCGCAAUCUCUAUUUUUUUGAGGAAGAUAUAAAAUUAUAAAUCUGUAAUAUUCAGAACUCAAAUUUUAGACAAGUGAUACAAAGUAUUAUAUUAUUAGCCACAAAUAACAAGAAUGUACUGUACUAUAUACAUUUACCAAAUAUGUACUAUAUUUUCUUCUCUAAUACCUUACGAUUGUGACAAGGACUAAAAUACUCACCUUUAUGCUCUCUUGCUCACCUGUAUCCUCAAAAUGCGUACUCCAACAGAACAUAGACAUAGUUGUUUUAAUAAAAAAUACCAGAGAAAAUAAUAAAAGCACCAAGAAAUCUUUGAACACACAGUUUAUGGAAUUGUCUGGUGGAAAAAUUGCAAAAAUUGUUCUUUCAGCUUCUCCACAGUAUAUCACGAAACGUAUUGGUCUUGGUGUCAGUGUUGACUGCGUAUUCAACAUUCACAAAUCUGGCAAUCCGAAACUCUUCCAAACAAAAAAAUGUCAAUUGAUAUACGAUUCAUGCACGGAGAUCAUGUGAAGGUAACCACAUAUCUGUGUUUCAUCUAUUUAGAGCUGCUCCCGAUUAAUCGAUUAAUCGAUUAUUUUUCCGAAAUCGAUUAUGCUUAACAACAAUCGGAUCAUCCAUAACAAGCUUAUAUCGCAGCGUGAUGCCAGAAUUUUCUUUCCGGAUUAAAAAAAUGCGACAAAAUUGCGAUCAAAUAACAAAGGAACUUGCGUGCGUUGCUUCAAAACAUCGUGAGUCAAAUGUCAGUCACUACUAACGUGCGAGAUUCACCAGCAGUACUGCGAAAAUAUUUACAAGAGUUUAGUUAGUUGGAGUCUUUGAGAGACACUCAACUUGUGCUUUGUCGCACAGUUUUUUGUUUUUAUUUCAUGUCUCGAAGAGGAAGCGACGUCUGGAACCAUUUUGUUGCCGAGAAUCAAACAUCAGCGAAAUGCAAACACUGCGACGCGACAAUUCGCCGACAUGGCAAUACAACAAAUCUUCGAGAACACCUUAUUAGACGCCAUUCAAAUGUUUACCAACCAACCGCAUCAACUAGCGCUGGCUGUUCAUCGGUAACAAGCUUCUUUCAAAAGAAGAUUGACCUAUCAGGAGGCAAAGCAAAAGAGAUCACUGCGCAUAUUGCCAACGUCUGUGUUAAAGAUUUGCGUUCAUUUAGCAUUGUAAAAGAUACUGGGUUCCGUAAUCUCAUUGCGCAUGCAUGGCCAACCUACCAAAUCCCAAAACGAGAAACGAUCCGUCAACUGGUCAUGCUUCGACACACUGCAGGCAUACAAACUCUGAAGAGCGAGCUAGAAAAAUUGAAAUCUGACAUCUCCAUCACUACUGACGGCUGGACCAGUAUGGCGCAGGAUAGUUAUUGCACAAUUACCGGUAAGUCACAAAUUUCUGCUUUGUAGCUUUCAAUCUAUACCUGUUUUGCUCUGUGAAUUAAUUUAUCUAUUUUUUCUUGUGUAGUGCACUUCCUUCGUGAAUGGGAAAUGACGUGCAAAGUCCUUGCGACAAGAGCAAGCCUUGAUCGUCAUACCGCGGUGAAUUUAGCCGCUGAGGUGAACAACACGAUGAAAGAAUUUGGCCUUGAACAUCGCGUGUUUGCCUGCAUUCACGACAAUGCUGCAAAUGUUAAUCUUGCCGGCCAGAUGAUCAAUGGCACAAAAGACAGACCGAUAGCCUUCAAUAUCGACUGUGCGGCACAUAGUCUGAAUUUGUCGAUUGGAGAUGCGAUGAAAAAGGGGGUUGACCAGCCUUUCGAAAACAUGGUUGCUGCUGCCAGGAGGCUAGUGGGGCAUUUUAAAAUGUCCAGUCUGGCAACAAAUGGUCUUCGCACUAAAGUGAAAGAGAUGCUGUCGUCUGAACAUCAUGGCAAAGGAUUGAUUCAGGAUGUGUCUACCUGA